UGAGGGUAUAGAGGCAACCCAAGAGGAGGGUUCGCGGCUGCUUGGGUUCAGGGAUUCCCCUCUCUCCACGGCAGCAGGUGGUUCGUGCUACCAAGCGCUGACCAUGGGUUUAGCAAGCCGGGCGGAAAUCAUUGGAUGUGAGACGAAAGCCCAACAACUUUUGCCAGGUCUCUCUGAAUGGGAGGCAGCCACUCCCACGUGGCCAACGAACUGCUUGGCUGGCCUCGGGUUCAACAGCAGAUAUUUGACCCAGCAAGGUCCCGCGCUCUGCCCGAAUGAACACCAUUACCCCGAACCGGGCUGGAAGAUUCGACGUUGUUCGACACAGCCGCUGCCCGGUAGAUUCCUAGGACGCAGGGAAAGCCUGCCCUGGUUUUGUCCUGCUUUGAAGUUCUCUCAAGAUGCCCUCCGGAGGUUCGCCCCGCCGAACGACCAUCCGAAAGGAAGGAUACACGGCGAAGGUUUCUGCUCCAUGAGUCUGGAUAUUUCUAGGCACCAGAUACUCAGAUCCGGCUCGACUCUCCGUUGCCCCGACACCGUUCCAGUUUCAAAGCCAUGAGCCGUAAGGUUCGCCACUUCGAAAAGCUCCCAUCAAAGACCGCUCCACUCGUUUUCAUCGUCAUCGGAUCUCUGUGACUAAAAGUUACUACCCCGG